AAUCUACCACAGCCAAGUGUGAAGUUGUCGUGUUUGAAAUUUUGAAUGACAGUAUCCACAGGCUUUUUAUGAUAUUGAAUUUCAGAAUCGAAUAGAAACCAAAUAUUUGAUUCUAACUUGUGUGGAGUGUUUUGGACCUCAAGUUUUUGUCUGGUUAACAUUCACACACCUUCAAAAUCGUCCAGAUUCUCUCACCCACCUUACUUGCACCGAAACACCUUCUCUUUCUUUGUUGCUCAGGUUUUUGAAUCUUUGACUACCAUUUUUUUGGGAUACCCACUUCCAGAUUCUUGGCAUUCAUCCCUGAAACACAGCUACAAACAAAAACUCUGAUCUGGGCUUUUGUCAUCGUAAAAGUGCUUGGUUUUGAGCUUUAACUUGUGAGAGAAGCAUGGUGGGGGCUUUGUCUGUGAUGGGUUCAUCUGUGGUGGACUCACACACAUGUCCAUGCUUGUGUUUGGAUGCACUGCCUACAACUGCCAUGAAUCUCAAGAGUGGGGGAGAAGUGGGUUUGCAAAGGAACUCAAUGGCCAAGAAGCAGUUAGUGAAGCCAGGAGGGUCUUUGGAGUUGAGCAGUUCUUUCAUUGAUUCUGGGCAUGACAGGUGGCUCUCCAUGAAAGCUCUUCCCGGUGUGAGGAGGAAACGAAAGAAUCGAAAUUUCGUGAUUGUUAGUGAGCUUGCUGGCCAAUAUGAGGACAGCUUUGAGGAUGUUAAGACGCAAUUACUCAACUAUUUUACAUACAAAGCAGUGAGGACUGUUAUGAACCAGCUAUAUGAGAUGAACCCAACACAGUAUAGGUGGUUUUAUGACUUUGUUGUAUCAAACAAGCCUGGAGAUGGCAAGCGGUUCCUCCGCUCCCUUGGGAAGGAGAGGCAUGAACUUGCUGAGAGAGUAAUGGUCACACGGCUCCACCUCUAUGGCAAAUGGGUCAAGAAAUGUAAUCAUGCUGAAAUAUAUCAAGAAAUUUCUAAUGAGAACUUGGACUUGAUGCGUGAACGGCUUAUUGAGACUGUGAUAUGGCCCUCAGAUGACUCAAACACAGAGAAGAUUGGCUAAUAGAUUGCCUCUCCAUCGAAUUAUUGAGUUUUCCUUGUGAUUCCUAGUCUAGGUAUUUCAUGUUAUAUAUCAUUUCGGUUCCCCAGGUUGAUUGGUAUUAUUUUCUACCAAUUAAAAAGUUACUCAAGUAUUCUGUAAAUUGUAUAUAGAAGAUCCACCUUUUUAUAUAUCUUCCACAGAUAAUUCAGAUUUCCCUUCGAAAAGAAACGUGUAUGAUUGUGAUCAGGUUCAACAGGAAGUGUUCUGCUGGCUAUAUAUGCU